GGAUGUUGGCUGCUCCCGCUGCUGCUGCCGCUCUCGGCGCUGCUCCGGCCCUCGGCAGCUCACACCAGGCACCGUUGGGGCUUUUCCCGGGGGGGCGGAGACGCACGCAGCGGCCGGGUGCUCGGCCGGGCCGGCCCGGCCUGCGCAGCCUGAGAUUCUCUUUGUGGCCAGAUGGGUUUGUAUGGACAAGCUUGUCCAUCUGUAACUUCAUUAAGGAUGACAUCUGAACUGGAGAGCAGCCUAACAUCUAUGGACUGGUUACCACAGCUUACCAUGAGAGCAGCCAUCCAAAAAUCUGACGCUACACAAAAUGCACACGGAUCAGGGAUUUCCAAGAAGAAUGUGCUCCUUGACCCAAAUACAACCCUGGACCAGGAGGAAGUCCAACAGCACAAAGAUGGGAAACCUCCAUACAGUUAUGCCAGCCUCAUUACAUUUGCAAUUAAUAGCUCACCCAAAAAGAAAAUGACUCUAAGUGAGAUUUACCAGUGGAUUUGUGAUAACUUCCCGUAUUAUAGAGAGGCUGGCAGUGGUUGGAAGAAUUCAAUACGCCAUAAUCUGUCACUGAAUAAGUGUUUCCUUAAAGUGCCUCGAUCCAAGGAUGACCCCGGAAAGGGGUCCUAUUGGGCAAUAGACACCAAUCCGAAGGAAGAUGCGCUGCCUACUCGGCCAAAGAAGAGGGCACGAUCUGUAGAACGGGCCUCAACUCCAUAUAGCAUAGAUUCAGAUGCUUUGGGAAUGGAGUGUAUUAUUUCGGGAAGUGCCUCUCCAACUCUGGCAAUCAACACUGUGACUAACAAAGUAACGUUAUACAACACUGAUCAGGAUGGUAGUGAUAGCCCACGCAGUAGCCUUAACAACAGUCUCUCAGACCAGAGUUUGGCAUCUGUUAAUUUGAACAGUGUUGGAAGUGUGCAUGGUUAUACACCGGUGACCAACCAUCCAGAACCAGUCUCUCAGUCAUUAACUCCUCAGCAGCAGCCACAGUACAACCUACCAGAACGAGACAAACAACUACUUUUCUCAGAAUAUAAUUUUGAAGAUCUCAGUGCCUCAUUUCGGAGCCUUUAUAAGUCAGUCUUUGAGCAGUCACUUAGUCAACAAGGUUUGAUGAACAUCCCUUCUGAAUCUUCCCAGCAGUCCCACACUUCGUGUUCCUAUCAGCAUUCUCCUAGCAGUACAGUGAGCUCUCACCCACACAACAACCAAAGUAGCCUGUCCAACAGUCAUGGCAGUGGCCUCAACACCACAGGCAGUAAUUCAGUUGCACAAGUCUCGCUGUCCCACCCGCAGAUGCACACACAGCCGUCUCCACAUCCGCCCCAUCGACCGCAUGGUUUACCACAGCAUUCGCAGCGUCCACAGCACCCAGCACCGCACCCACAGCAACAUAGCCAGCUCCAGUCCCCUCACCCCCAGCACCCAUCUCCGCACCAACACAUGCAGCACCAUCCGAACCAUCAGCACCAGACGUUAACACAUCAAGCACCCCCACCCCCACAACAGGUAUCCUGUAAUUCUGGUGUUUCGAAUGAUUGGUAUGCAACACUUGAUAUGCUAAAAGAAAGCUGUCGAAUUGCCAGCAGUGUUAAUUGGUCAGACGUAGACCUUUCACAGUUUCAAGGUUUGAUGGAGAGUAUGAGACAAGCAGAUCUCAAGAACUGGUCUUUAGAUCAGGUCCAAUUUGCCGAUCUUUGUUCUUCUCUUAAUCAGUUCUUUACACAAACUGGCCUUAUCCACUCACAGAGUAAUGUUCAGCAAAAUGUUUGUCAUGGUGCCAUGCAUCCGGCGAAACCUUCCCAACACAUUGGAACAGGCAAUUUGUACAUAGACUCUAGGCAAAAUCUUCCUCCUUCAGUGAUGCCACCACCUGGUUAUCCUCAUAUCCCACAGACACUCAGCCCUCCAGGAGCAACAAUUGCAGGCCACCACGGAGCCAUGAACCAGCAGCACAUGAUGCCUUCCCAAGCCUUCCAGAUGCGGCGCUCCCUGCCUCCAGAUGAUAUCCAGGAUGACUUUGAUUGGGAUUCAAUUGUGUAGGUCUUGUUUCUGCAAGGCACCAAACCCCACGUCACCUUUCUGUGCAGUGAAGGGAAGGGUUUAAGAGAAUCCAGUUGAGAAAACGAAGUUGCUAAUCACUUUACCAAUGUUAUCAAAAUUUCUUUUGAAGACAAUCAGAAAGAUUUUAGCUGGAUAACUUACUGCUUUUAUCUGACCCAAACAAGUACUACAUGUUUGUCUCCCUGCCAGCUGCCCUAUGUAGCUCCUAACCGUUGUGUGAUUUGGAUGGCUUUUGCAUAUUUGUGUCAGUUUGAUGUUGACCGCAAGUGCCAGACUGAUUUUUCAGACAGAGACUGUUUUGCUGCAAGCAGUUUAUAGACCCGUAUGUGUAAAUAUAUGUACAAAAAUUACUGAAAGGCUUCAGUUUGUUUUUUUUCUUUUAAAUGGAUUAUUAUGUCUUGAAAAGAAAGUUACUGUUUUUAUUCCUUCUUAGGCUAUUUUCUGCAGGAUGCUUUUCAUUGAUGUAAGCAACUGAAAGGAAACAGAUUUUUGCAAAGCCCAAUUCCUCUAUUUAAUCCUUUUUAGAAAUGUGGGUAGUGAAUUCUGCUUAGUAAGUCAGGGGACCCAGAGUUUGAUAUUCUACAGAAAAUCCAAAGGGGCGUGUUGUUCCUGAGCAGCAUAAAGAACUAACCAGAUGUGUUUUCAUGCUUGGGUAUUACAGAGUGUAUGUUGUACCUUGUCAUUGUCUGUUUUCCUAAGUCUGCAUUAUAACAGCUCUAAAGUUCAUUUGAUCAAUUAGAAGCUGGGCAUUGUUUGGCUCUUUAAACAAAUCAUUGCCCCCACAUUCACUGAGGUAUUUAUUAUUUUUAAGUGUUAUUUUAGUAUUUAUUAUUACCUUCCAUGAAUGCUUAGCUCCUGUUGGGUUCAUUAAGGAGAAUUGCAGUAUCUCAAAGCACAGAAUUAUUUUUCUUGAUGAGAGUUUAUAGACAAGACAAUCAGAGAUUGUGUGAUUUUAUCAUUACUCCUUUUACCAUGUGAGUAUAUUUCUCUUAGCAUUCCUGCUGAUUGAGACUCAUUAGCUAAAAAGGGUUUUUCUGGGAUUUGAAUCAGAGUUCAUUUGAGCAACGGAACAGCAGGGCAGUGUUUAUAAAGCAAGUUUUCCCACUCUUUCUCUUUCCAUGUAAGUGGCACUGAAAUGAGGGUAGAGUGACACAUAGAUUUUGUUUCCCUCACUUGUCCGUGCAGUUAUUGUUAAGUGGCCUGCUGUUUUUGCUGUCACAUCUGUCCUGUGUGUCUGUAUGCAUGACGUUUGGUCACUUUCUUUGAAAUGCAGACUGCCUCUUAAGGUUAUUUUCUGGUUGUUUGUAUUAUUUUGUAUCACAGCUACUUUGCAUAGAUUGUCUUAAUUUUAUAAUAAAACUAGAAGAAACACAAUUUUUAAAUAAAUAGAUUUUGAAUUGGUUCUUUAGACCAAAAAAAAAAAAGAAGAAUUUCUUUCAUUCUAAUGGGGAAAUGAUAUGUUCCAUCAAAUCAAGGAGUAAAUAACUGCUUCUGGUUGCUUUUUAGCAUCUCUGGUCUCUAUCAGCCAUCCUCAGAUUAAUUUAAUUAGCCUUAGUGAUUCUGUAAUUAAGUAACUGUACUUGAACUAAACAAGCAUCUUUGUUCUGUGUGUUUGUGAAUGUGUGCAUGUGUUGUGUUUUUUUUUUUUAAUGGAGUGUUGCCUUGAAUGAAUCACUGGGAAGCCAGCCAUAGUAAGGGCUGGUGAAGUUGGGGAGAAAGGAGAGGCUUUAUGUUCCUUCAUUGUUUGGACCCUGCUUGGCCUAAAGAAAGCAGCUCAGUUUCAGCCCCUUAGAUCAGCGAAAAUCAGAGGAUUCUGGAAAGGCAGGCAACAGGCCCCUCUUAGAAGCAUCAGAGAGAGGCAAGAUGAGAUAGCAGCCUGCAGAGUAAAAGCUUGAGAAAAAGGGAGGGAUUUUCAGUAGUCUGCUCAAGUCACUGUUUUCCAGACACCAGAAUAGCUUUUUUAAAACUGUUUAAAUUGCUUGGGUAGCAAUAUGCACUUUAAACAAUGUGGGUAUUAGAAUGUGGUCUCUUUUACUGAGUGAUUUGGGUAGAAACCACUGAUGAAGAUUUUACAAAUUGUGUGAAGCGAAUUUCCCGUUUGGCAAUCAUUUACUGAUUUGCAGUGAUCAAUAUUUUUAUGAGAACUAAAAACUUACCAAGAAUGGCCUAGAGGCAGGACCUCCACCCAGACCCACCCUACUCUCCUGUGAUCCAGGUGGCCCCUGAGCCCAGGACAGGCCUUUUCAGUGGGCCCCAUCUGGCCUGACAGGGCUGCCUGGUGAGGUCUAGAGUCCCUCUAGUGGCCAUUUCAGUAGGUGGUGGUUAAUGCAGAGCAAGUUCUGUCUUGGGCUUAAGUUGACUAAAGACUUUUGGGGAAAAGAAUAAUAAAUGCAAGCAAUCAAAUGGGGCACUCUGUCCAGGAGAAUAAUCCGACUGGCAUUUGUGGCAGUUUUUGAAAUGUAAAUGUACUCAUGUGUGUUCUUGUAAAUACAUGUCUCUCAGAUGUCCUUUGAAGUGGGAGGGAAUCAAUCCGGGGAUUAUUUCAAAUGGAAUAGAGUAUUUUGAUAUUGUUCAUUCAGAGGGUGAUGUGUACAUAUCUAUAUUGUAUAUAUGUGAUGAAAAUGCAUUGGCUUUUUGUGCAAACACAACCUGCUCUCUGUACUGCUGUUGGACAGUCAGUGUUUUAAUGUUUCUACAGUUUUGCUAUUGCACGAUUUCAUAUUUUGCCUCUAUGAUGAACGGCACCCUUUCUUUGUAAUUGUUUAGUGCUGUAAAGAGAUAUUCCAAGUGUCAUUAGGAUUGUUGCUGCCAGAACUGAUGUGCAUGAAUGGCACUUAAAAUAAAUAUGUUAACUCUAUUUACAACACUGAUUAGUUUGUGUCAUUUGCUGCAAUUGAGGGAACAAGUUUGGAGCUAGUCCAGACCCAGAAACUCUGCAGUC